GCAUUGGAUGCCACGCUUGAUGCACUGCGUCUACACAAAUCCCUCCAUUGAGCCGGCAAACACGAACCACAAUGGCAGACUUCGACUCAUUCAUCCCGGCAUUGCACAAGCCCUCGUCGUUGCUUCCCAUAGCACGGCAUCGGGACGCAUUACUCUAUACCAUCGAGAAGCUUCCGGUCACAGUCAUCAUCGGUCAGACUGGCAGCGGAAAGACCACUCAACUUCCUCAAUAUAUGGAGCAGGCAGGAUGGUGCAACGACGGCAAGCUAAUCGCGCCGCGGCGAGUCGCAGCAACAACGGUGGCCAAACGAGUGGCUGAAGAGAUGAGAUGUCAGAUCGGGCAGCAAGUGGGCUACUCGAUUCGCUUCGAGGAUGUGACCUCUGCUGCCACGAGGAUCAAGUUCCUCACGGAUGGACUGCUCCUCAGAGAAGCCUUGGUCGACCCGCUCCUCUCAAGAUACGGCGUCAUCAUGGUCGACGAGGCCCAUGAGCGCAGUCUGAGCUCGGAUGUUCUGCUCGGGGUGUUGAAAAAGAUUCGCAGUCGACGACCAGAGCUGAGGAUUGUAGUUAGCUCUGCCACGCUGCAAGCUGAGGAUUUUGUCAACUUCUUUGCCGAGGACGACGCUGUUGCAAAGGACAGCACUCAUCCAGCAGAGAGUAUAGGUCAGAUCGUAAGCAUUGAAGGCCGAGCCCAUCCAGUCGACAUACACUAUCUUUCGGAGCCUGCCGAAGACUACAUCGAACGCGCAGUCAAGACUGUCUUCGAUAUCCACUCAUCGGAACCGGAAGGCGACAUUCUGAUCUUCUUGACGGGUAGAGAGGAGAUUGAAACAGUCAUCGAAAUGAUUGCUGAUCGAAUGCCUUCACUGUCGAACAAUGCCGACAAAAUCCUGCCACUUCCCCUAUUCGCAGGUCUGAGCACAGAGCAGCAAAUGUACGUUUUCGAACCAGCUCCAGACAAUACUCGCAAAGUCAUAUGCUCGACCAACAUCGCAGAAGCAAGCGUCACAAUCGACGGGAUCGUGUAUGUGAUCGACUGCGGCUUCGUCAAGCUGCGAGCGUACAACCCUACCACCGGCAUCGAAGCGCUCACUGCGACGCCCAUCUCGAAAGCGUCGGCAACUCAACGUGCUGGACGCGCAGGCCGCACCAAACCAGGCAAAUGCUUCCGCCUUUACACGGAAGCAGCUUAUUCAUCCCUGACCGACGCCACCGUCCCAGAAAUCCAACGUUCAAACCUCGCUCCGAUGAUCCUGCAGCUUAAAGCACUCGGGAUCGACAACAUCGCCCGCUUUGAUUUCAUGACACCUCCUCCCGCUGAGCUCAUCAUCCGUGCUUUGGAACUCCUCUACUCUCUCGGCGCCCUGGACGACUACGCCAAGCUCACAAAACCUCUCGGCAUCCGCAUGGCCGAACUCGCCUUGGAACCCAUGAUGGCCAAGUGUCUCCUCUCCUCGCCGUCAUUCAGCUGUUUGUCCGAAAUGCUUACCAUCGGCGCCAUGACCAGCCUGCAAGGCAACGUGUGGUUCACGCAUGACGCGAAAAAGGCGGAAGAGACCGCUCGGCGGAAAUUUGCCGUCGAAGAAGGCGAUCAUCUGACAUUGCUGAAUGUGUACCAAGCAUUCGUGACCAAGGGCAAGAAAGAAGCAAAAUGGUGUCAGCAGCACUAUCUCAAUUUCAAGUCAAUGACGAGGGCCGUCAGCAUUCGCAAUCAAUUAAAGCGGUACCUGGAACGAUUCGGCAUUGAUGUUGAUGAAUCGCUGGGGGAGAAAGACGUGCUACGAGCAGGUGGCAGGCCGAAGGAAGAAUCCAUCAGGAGGUGUCUGACGAGUGGAUACUUCGCGCACGCGGCGAGGAUGAUGCCCGACGGGACGUUCAGGACUGUCGAUGAAAGCACAGUCCUCCAUGCACACCCUUCAUCCUUGAUGUUCAAUCGCAAGGCGGACUGGGUGGUGUUCACGGAGGUAAUGGAGACUGGGAACAAGACGUUCAUUCGUGAUGUCACGAAAAUCGAAAAGGCGUGGUUGUUGGAGUAUGCGCCGGAGUUCUACAGGGUGAAGUCGUAG